AUGGAGGGUCUUAUUGAAAUGACCAACAAUGCCUCUGGCAAUAGAGAUUCCAUUGGGUCUUUAGAGGCAAAAGUGGAGAACCUUAUUACACUAAACAACAGUACUCCUUCUGGCAGUGGCGCUGCCGCAAAGUCGCUAGAAAGAAAGAUUGAGAGUGUGGUUGAACUGAACAACAAUACUUUUAGUGCAUUGAAGUCCUUAGAAUCACAAGUACAAAGUCUUAUUGCUCUGAACAACAAAACCCCUGGCGUCAGCGAUAGCAUGAAGGCCUUGGAGGCAAAGGUGGAGAGUCUAAUUGCACUGAACAAAAAACCCUGUAACGUCAGCGAUGCCAUGAAGUCAUUAGAGGCAAAGGUGGAGAGUCUUAUUGCACUGAACAACAAAACCUCUAGCGUCAUCGAUGCAAUGAAGUCCUUAGAAUUAAAUGUACAGAGUCUCAUUGCACUGAACAACAAAACCUCUGGCUUCAGCGACGCCAUGAAGUCUUUAGAGGAAAAGGUGGACAGUCUUAUCGCACUAAUCAACAAUACUUCCUCCCCAGUUCCACAACCGGUUCCAAACCCAACAGGUAUUCUUAAAUAAAAACUAUCAAUUGAUUGAUUAUUAAUUUUACUUCCUUUGAUUCUCAUGUAAAUAAAUGAACUAUUUUUAUAUUUUUGGAUAUGGUCACGUCAGCCGCUUCUGUCGUCUCUUCUUGUAAGGAACAGUACGAAAAAGACAAGUAAGUUAUAUUUUGCUUUCAUUUGUUCGUUUAAAUGGAAACUUUUCCUACUAGAGAUUUUUAUUGUUCGAUGACAAAUAUCCUUAUUCCAUCCUUAUUUCAUGUCGUUGUUGCAAACUUACUGACUGAGGGUCAGUAGUAGGUUUGAACAAUUUGUUCUAAAACCAGUUUACAUCAGUGGGUCUUAAAAAUUCCGUGCAACUUAGCGAGGUGGAUGCUGGGUUCUAUGUUUCUCUAACAUUACCAAAGAUUAAUUCCUGAUAAUAGUUAAUUAGUUAACACUUAGAGUCAAUAUUUUAAAACAGUUUAUUGAACACAGCCUUUAACUACUCCCCGCCCGCAAUAUCAUAUCCUCGAGACAGCGAUAUAAAAAGCAGAUUAGUGCUCUGCGAUUCUAUGUUAAACGAUUUUUUGCGCCUUAUAUUUUCAUUUGUUUUCAAGUUUGUUUAUUUACCUAGUUCAUGUCGUGACUUACGCAGUGAAUUCGAAGGCUGGAGAACUGUUGCAUAGUACAUAAGAAAUAAAACUCAACUCAAUAUCAUAGAAGGCUUCAUUCAAGUGUCGCCGUCGUAAAUUAAUUGAAUUAACUUAAUAAGGAAUAUUCCCUCAGAUCCUAUUCCUUGGCGAGUUUGGGGGCUUAUGUAAUCUUCAAUGCUCAUGACUACCCUUGAAAGAAUGAGUUUGAAUGAGUUUGGGGGAUGAAUAGUAGUAUAUUCUGUCAGCUUAAGAGUACCUUGCCAACACUCACUUUACUUUAUUUUUUUUUCCUCUCUGGUGGUUGAAAAGCCUUUUUUUUAAUCUCUUUCUAAGGCUGGUAAGAGGCUUUUAAGGCCUUAUUUUUUACCAAAAGCUUUUCAAAUGACAAUCCCUCAUAGUUGUUACUGGUCGUGGUGGUGGUGGUAAGUGGGUAGGGACCCGCCGGUUGCAACUACUUUACCCAACAAGAUAAACGAAUGAAUUUGUAUAUAUUUAUCUCCAAAAGGUUUUAUUGCCUUUCAUUUAAUUACUUGAAACAGUUUGUCAAAGAGUCAAGUGUAUAACCUGAGUAUCGAUGCCCAAAUGAUUCCUGUUUACUGUCACAUGGGAGACUUUGGAUGCGGAGAAGGAGGAUGGACGCUGGCCUUAAAGACAGACGGAAUGAAGGUUAUAAGUACUAGAUAGUUACUUCUGUAUUGGUAGCUGUUGUGACAGACGUUGCCACCAACAUCUAGAUGGUACCUUGAAAUAAAGGUGCGAAAUUGUACAAUCAUAUAAGUGUCUCAAAUUGCCUUACUGGGCUUUUCACAAACAUGCGAACUCUAAAGUUCAAAAGCGCUAGCCGCCUUCACAAUUGCGUUUUUCGCUGCCGUCAAUCAUAAUUACGAUCACAAGCAACGAACCUUGAAACACAAGAAACUCACAAAACGGAUCGAAAUCCACCAAUCAGAAAUCACAAUCCAUGACCUUUUGAACCCGUUAAAAUAAAGUUUUGUUUCCUAAGAGGUCCGUUAAGAUUAUUGACGGCAGCGAAAAACGCAAUCGUCAGUUGGCUUUUGAACUUCAGAAUUCGCAUGUUUGUGAAAAGCGCAGUAAACAUGGAAUGCCAUUAAAUAUCGCCCUAUGCUAGGAAUCUAUGACAGUUUUGGACUCCGGAGUUCCACGCACUGUCAAUGUUAAUUAGAUUGGAUUCCAAUCGUUAGUGGGGUUUGGGUUCCCUUCAGCUGAAUUCCGGAUUCCACCAGCAAAAAUUUCCCGGACUCUGGAUUCCACAGGCACAAAUUUUCAGGAUUACGAAAUCCAGAUUCCUUUACAUGGGUCGAUAAAUAGCAAUUGGUGCUUGUCAUUACUAGGAACUCUUUGCCUCGACAGAGACCCUUUAAUAUUAUGCACUUAAUGUCAGAUCCCGAGGGAAACAGUUAGUUUUGUUUUCCCGAGAGUCCUGAUGUUUCCCGAGACGCUUCGUGUUUGUGUUGUUGUGUUCAUUCACGAAAAAGAAAACUGGCAGUGUUUUUCUUUUCUGUCACGCCACUUUCCACCAUGCUUUGAUCACGUGCUGUAAUGUAUCCCAAGCGGGGUACAUUGCUUAAUGCAUCACGAUCCAGAUACUUUUGAUUUUAGUCAAGGUCACGUAACCAAGAAUCAACCAAUGGCAGUCCCUGUUUAGUUGAUUGAAAGUCUAAGAAUAUAACAUUACAAUUUGUUUUGCAGAGGACCUUCCGCUUCUCUUCUCCACUUUGGAGUGACAGAAAUACAUACAACACUGCAGGCGGAAUGACUGGUUUUGACACUCAAGAAACCAAGCUUCCAACCUACUGGAGCACAAAUUUUUCCAAGAUCUGUCUCGGAAUGAAGAUCGGCCGUCAGACUAGGUUCGUUGCUCUUAACCAGACUGCCACCUCUCUUCACGCCCUCAUCUCCGACGGAGCGUUCCGUGCAAGUAACCUGGGUCGUGAGCCCUGGAAGAUGCUGAUUGGUCCUCAGGGCUCCUUGCAGCGCAACUGCAAUAGAGAAGGGUUUAAUGCUGUUUGCAGUGGAACUAGUAAUCCCUCGAAAGCAAGAAUCGGUAUCCUUGGAAACAACCAAAACAACUGCGUCAGCUGUGAUUCUAGAAUCGGAUUUGGCAUGGAGGGGGAGCCAGAUGGUUCCAUCAGAUGUGGAGUAGCAGCACGAAACUAUGCGGAUAAUGGCGAAAAGUACGUUAAUGCAUUUGGAUACAUCUUAGUACAAUAG